AUGUCUGUCAGUAUGAAGCUGCUGUGUGUGACUCUGUCUCUCCUCCUCACUGCCAAUUUUACUUGCGGCGUAACCGUUCAACAGUCUCCUGUCAUGUCUGUCUGUAGGGAAGGAGACGUGUCCGUCACUCUACAGUGUUACCAUGACGACAGCAGCUACUACUACAUGUUCUGGUACCGACAGAGAGACAACAACAACAUGGAGAUGCUAACAUAUUCCCCGGGUCAAGACGUGUGGGAAAUAGAACCUCCGUUUGAGAAGACCAAGUACACCAUGAGCAGGCCUAAACUGACUAACUCAUCUCUGGAGAUCAACAACGUGGAGGUUGGGGACGGGGCUGUGUAUUACUGUGCUUCCAGUAGGAGAGGUUGUUGUGAAAACACUGUGACUUCAACCCAACCUGCCUUCUUUGGCAAUGGAACCAAACUCACUGUUUUAGACCCAAACAUCGAUGUCAAAGAACCCACAGUGAAAGUCCUUCCACCCUCCACGAAGGAGUGUGAGGCUAGAAACAAGAAGAAGAAGAAGACUCUGGUGUGUGUGGCCACCGAAUUCUACCCCGACCAUGUCACUGUGUUCUGGCAGUUUAAUGGAGGCGCCAUCACUGAUGGAGUAGGGACCGACAACAAGGCCUUGAGGGAUAAAGAUGGGAUAUUCUACAGUAUCACCAGCAGACUGAGAGUCCCAGCCAAGGACUGGAACAAGCCCUCCAACAAAUUCACCUGCAUCGUCGAGUUCUUCAAUGGGACCGUUAGCAAAAAUGAGACAGAUCACAUUAACGGAGAAGAAGGUCCAGGUGGUGAUGGUGGGAUGACUGCAGAGUACUACGUGAACAGCACCCUGAUUGCCAAGCUGGCCUACAGCGUCUUCAUCGCUAAGAGUACCUUCUAUGGACUGGUCGUCAUGGUUCUGAUUUGGAAGCUUCAGCUCUCCUCAGAUAAACAGAUGUAAUUGAUCACUGACCGAGACCCAGCCACCCGUGGAAGCUGAGCUCAGUGGACUGGAGGUCGUCAUGCGUGCGCAUAAGGCUCUGGUGAAAAGUAGUGCACUAUAUAGGGAAUAGGGAGCCAUUUGGGACAAAGCACAUACCCAUGUCUUUCAUGUGAUUACACAAUGUACGGUGUGCUGUCUAUUAUCUGUCAGUUACUAUACAUGUGAGGAUGUUUUUUAUAAUCUCCAAUAAACAUAGUCUUGCAAUUAAUGUUUGCACAGUGUACAAAACAUUAAGAAUGCCUUCCUAAUAUUGAGUUGCAACC